GGCAUGGCGUUCUGUUGCUAGGCGAUGGGCGCGGAGGCCCUCACGGAGGGUUUAAUUCCAUUGCAUUUAAUUUAUGGCUAUUUCCAUGGAAAAUCACCUCCUUCUGAUGAUACAGAGUUCCCGUCGCCUAUCCGUGGUCCUUCUGGAAAGACACUCUUUAUUUUUGGCCUUGGUGUUCCACACCUGUGCCUCUCUCCUCUGCUGGAGGCCAGGAAUAGGGAGAGAUUGGAAAAAAGUUGAGGGGAAAGAGAAUGUUUUAAGGAAUUGCAGGGGAAUUGUUUUGCCGGAGCUCCUCGCCGGCAGUGCCGUGGAUUUGCCAGUUUGGGAAGACGCCAGGCUGAGGGUGAUGGAUACCCUGGUGCAUCCACAUUCCAGGUGGGAUAUCCUGGGAAAUGCUUCAGCUUUCCCUUGGGAAUUGCAGCUCCUUGAAGGCAGCUUCUGCUGGAGUUGGAAGCAGCUGGAAUUCCGUGGCCAGAAUUAAUUCCUGCACUUGAAGGCCGGGGAUAAAUCAAAGAUCUCCUGACAUUCCAGUGAUCUCCACACAGAAUUAAUUCCUCAGGCAUCCUCUCCCCAGCCAGAUGUGCCAGGGAAGCCACAUCCAGCCAGGGUACCCCAAAUUCCCUUCUCCCAACCUGUUUUUUCCCAAAAAAUCUUCAGGGAGAGUGGGUGAAUUAUGUGAAUCCUGUUAAAUUUUCCAUUUAUCCCUAUUGAUUUACAAGGUAUUCCCAGUGUCUGGAUCCUUCUGGUAGCAGCUGGAUGGUAGGAGCUGGAUGAUCCAUUCUCCAUCAGCCAGGAACAGUGCUAGGGACUUCCUGCACCUGCUCCAGGCCAUGGAUAACAGCGAUUCCCUCUGCAUUGUUCAGGGAAUAAAAGUCAGGAAUUUUUGCAUGUCUUACGUGAAACAAGGAUUGGAGGAAAAUGGUAAAUGCUGGAGCUGCCAAUCCCUGCUGGAGGCUCCAUCCUCACCCAUGCCAGGGGUUUUCCCGCUCUGUCUUGGAAUUCAUUUAUCAUAAAUUAAUCUCUGACAAUAAACCUGGAGAUUUCCCACCUGGCAGAUGCCUCUGCAAGUGAACAUUAAUUGUGGCACAGCUUUAAACAGGGACAGAAGUGGCAGGAGUGAGGGACUGUGCCAGUCCCAGAUGGGAGCAGUGAAUCACCUCUGGAAUUUAUGGAGAUUUUAGUGAAUCACCUCUGGAAUUUAUGGAGAUUUUACAUGUCCAGGCAGGACUGGGAUCUUCCAAAGGAUAACAAACCCUCUUGGAGGGAAAAUGAACAGAGAGUAAAGUCAGAGCUGGGUUUUCUCUCAUGGGGCUGGAGGAGAGGAAUUCUGAGCUCCUCCCAAUUCCAGCCAGGAAUUGGGUGGUGGAAUAUCCCCACGGUGUCACCAGUGUGGUUGGGAACUGGUGCAUCCAUCACUCCUGGAUAAACUCCAGUGAUGUCCAGCUGCUCCUGAGGGAUGUGUUGUGUGCCAGCCCUGGCCCUGGAGUGCCCACCUGGAUCCCAUCCACAGGGCAAUCGGAGCCUAGUGAACCUGCACCAAGGCCAUCCCCCCCAAGCCAAAAAAACCCCGAAAAAGGCAUGGAUUGCUCAGAGCUGGCAGGAAUGCUGAACCUUCCCGCAAGGAGCUGCUUCCCAGCCCAGAGCUGGGCAGUCCUGUGCCCAUCCCAGUGAUGGGAAGCAGGAUGGAGCCAUUGAAAUCACCUUCAAAAAUCCGUGUCCCUGCAAAGCUCUGCUCCAUGGAAUGCUCACUCCUUAGGCCGGUGUGGAGGGAGCCACCGUUGUGCCCCGGGACACUGAAGUGUCACCUGUGCCCCAUCCCGACGGAGAACAGAGAGGGAAAAAUCACCGGCUGCAGAUCCCAGCAUCCCAGAUCCCAGGGAUCCCAGGGAUCGCACGGCUCGGCUGCCGUUCACACGGACAAUGGCGCUUCCCAACCUGUCCGACUACUUGGACGGCCUCAAUAACUACAGCGACUACCCGGACUACACCUACGAGGACGCCGGCAGCGUGUGGGCAGACCCGGCCCACGACCCCAAGGACAUCACCAGGAUCCUGUCCGUCAUCAUCUACAGCGUGUCCUGCGUGCUGGGCAUCCUGGGCAACGGCCUCGUCAUCGCCAUCAUCACCCUGAAGAUGAAGAAGUCGGUCAACGCCGUCUGGUUCCUCAACCUGGCCGUGGCCGACUUCCUCUUCAACAUCUUCCUGCCCAUCAACAUCGCCUACACGGCCAUGAGCUACCACUGGAUCUUCGGCACGGUCAUGUGCAAGCUGAACUCCUUCCUCCUCAUCCUCAACAUGUACACCAGCGUCCUGCUGCUCACCACCAUCAGCUUCGACCGCUACGUGUCCGUGGUGUUCCCGGUGUGGUCCCAGAACCACCGCUCCACCAACCUGGCCUACGGGGUUUGUGUGAUCAUCUGGACCGUGGGCAUCGUCAUGAGCUGCCCCUCGCUCGUCUUCCGGGACACGGCGCAGACCCGCAACUCCGUGAUUUGUUUCAGCAACUUCUCCCUGUCCAGGAAUAAAUCCUACGAAGGGCUGGCUCUGAUGAGGCACCGCACAGUGAACAUCACCAGGUUCCUGGCUGGGUACAUCCUCCCCAUCACCAUCAUCACCUUCUGCUACGUCGCCAUCGUCUUCAACCUGCGCCGGAACCGCCUGGCCAAGUCCAAGAAGCCCUUCAAGAUCAUCGUCACCAUCAUUGUCACCUUCUUCCUGUGUUGGAGUCCCUACCACCUGCUGAACCUGCUGGAGACGGUGCCCGAUGCAGUCCCCUGGUCCGUGUUUGAGAUCUUCAUCCCGCUCACCACGGCUCUGGCGGCCUCCAACAGCUGCAUGAACCCCGUCCUCUACGUCUUCAUGGGCCAGGACUUCAAGAAGUUCAAGGUGACCCUCCUUUCCAGGCUGGUGAACGCCCUCAGCGAGGAGACAGGACACUCCAGCAUCGUGCACAGGAGCUUCUCCAAGAUCUCCUCCAUGACUGAGAAAGAGACAACAGUUGUCUAAGCCCAGCCUGCAGGAGGGCCAGAGUCCCCUGGUGUUGGCACUGUGAGGGUGACCACCCCUGUGGUGGCCCUGGUGUGGGUCAAGCAUUGUCCAGCACUGUCCUACAGCCCGUUUCUGACUGGUGUUGCUGCCUGAGGGCUGGCAGGGGAUGGAGACACCCAAGGUGUGGAGAAAACACAACCACCCUUGAUCUUGCAUGGGAUUGCAAAAAUCCUUGUGCCAAACUAAGGAAACAUUUUGGGGCAUUCCCAUCCAACCCUCCCCUGACCUGGGAAGGGCUUUCCUGGUGUUUUCCAGAGGCACCGUGGUGGGUCACGGGAUAUCAGGAAGGAAUCUUCUGUGCCAUGGGUGAUCCCUGCCACGGCCAGAUUGGUGACACUCCUCUGUCCCAUGGCUGUGUGUGGCUCCUCAUGGUUAAUUCCUGAGGGAUUUUGGUACCAGAACAAAGCAUUUGUGACUGUUUUUGGAAGUGUCCUUAUGAGGGGUUAGAAUAUCCCACCUCAAAAAACUGGGAAGUCUCAAAUAUCUUCUAAGAUCCAGACCCAGGGCCACCUUCCAGUGUGGGGAUUGGGCUCACUCACAGGGGCACCAGCAUGGAAAGCUGGGAGAAAAAAGAGGGAAGGGUCGAUUUGGGAUGUCUUUUUACGCCUCCUUUUGAUGGGCACGUUCCACACGGUACAUCCUGUAGAGCAGUUGGAUGUUUGGGACCAGGAACAGGUCCACGAGCUGGGAAUGAGCUCCUGAGGAGGACCUGCUGUCCCCUCCUGUAUCCAGAGGAGAGUGGCCAGCUGUUCCCUGGUGAGACCAGUCAGUUCUAAGGGAUGAUUUUUUUCUCUCCCAUCCUGGGAGACUCUGGGAAUCUUGUGGGAGACUCCACUGCCCCACUGCAGUGAGGGACGGGCCGAGCCACCACCUCGAUCCAAUUUCACACCCAGUUAAUUUGGGAGCUCCUUCUCCAUUAGGGCUCCUCCACCACGAUCGUGGUGUCACCCUCACUUAUGUGUCACCCCCAGGACAGCGAGGAAUCCCUGGAGCUGGAAUUAGGCAGCCCCCAGUGGCCCUGGGGACACUUCAGGAGGUCCCUCGGGGAGCUUUGUGCAGAGUUUUGACACGUUGGCAGUUGGGAGUCUGCCCCCAGGUGCCUCCAAAAGCUGAAAUAUUUAUUUAUAGCUUUCCUUGGAAAUCAGAAAAUGGAAAAUAAAAUGGAGAGGCAGCUCCCAGGAAAGGCCAGGGAUCUGUUUCCAGGCAGCACAUUGUGCCAGCCGCAGGUAGGAGUAAAGCUCCGGUAAUCGAGCCGCGGGAACGUCGCGGAUCAGAGCGGAUGCUGCAGCGGGAGCUGGAUUUCAGGAUUUCAGGAUUUCAGGAUUUCAGGAUUUCAGGAUUUCGGGUGGAUUAUCCAGCGUCCUCUCUGCCCCGGCGCUGCCUCGCUGCUCCACCUCGAUCUGCAUCGCCUCCUUUGUGUGAUGGGACACUCAGCACCGGGAUUGUCUCGGUAUCUCCUGGGGUUGGGAUGCACCCGCUUCCCCAGGGAGCACUGUCACGUCCCAUGGCCGGGCCCAGGGCUGCUCCCAGCCCCGAUCCACAGAGAUCCAGCCUGGAUCCGUACCCAUGGAAGAUGCAGUGCCUGAGGAGGCAGCAGGGCCUCUCUGGUGGUGGGAGGCAGCUCCUCUUGCUCAUUUUCCCCAGUAUUUAAUUAAUACUGCUGGAAGGUUGCCAGGAUCCUAUUAGGAGUGGGAUAGGACAGAUGGGGUGGACGGGACAGAUGGACAGACAGGGCGGUGACAGGGACACACAGAACUUGCAGAGGAUCUGUUUAGAGAACAUUGGGAAUGGGAUGUACCCAGAGCCAGCAGCCUCUGGGGCUUUUUGGGCUCAGGGUUUGGAGAAGGCCUGGAUGUGGGAACAGCGGGAUGAAGCCUCAAGGACUGGAUGCCAUCCCACUGCCCCUCGGGUUGGCACUGGGAUGUUUGUGAUGGAUCCAGGAUGCUCCUCACUAAUCCUGGUGUCUUUUUUCCAAGCCCAUCUGUUAUUACUCCAAACAGCUUUCCAGAAAAAGGAAAAGCAGUGCCUUGGUACUUACCCUGGGGUUAAAUCAUCCCUGUAAUGGCAGCUUGGGAAUCCCAAGUUUCCCAAAUAUUUGAAUCCGUCUUUGUAGCUGUUUGCUUAUUUAAUUAAAGCUCUGCUUUCCAAAUA